UAUCCCUAUAGCGGGAUAUUAGGUCAGAUCGUGGACAUUGUAUGAUUGUUUCCCGGUUGAGUCAAUAAUAAAGAACUGUGCGAUGGGACGGUGAGGAGACGGUCACGGGACACCGCGAAAGCCUUAAAAUGUUGUUACCAUAGGCAGACAACAACAAUAGACGGAAAGACAACAACAACGGACUAGCUCGCUAGCAGCUUGCCAAAGCACUGCGCUGUUUUCAAACGCUAACUGACGGCUAGCUAGCCUUUAGCUGCUUCAUUAGCAAAUCAGUCCGGCUGCGGUGAAUUUUGACCGGACGCGGCUCGUAGCUGGCACUGGGUACCCAGCUACAUCUACCGGGGCGGUUCGUCGUUUCUUUGUCACUUUUUAAAACCGUUUUUGUACUAAAAUUUACGCAGUUGCUUUAGCUAGCUACAAGCUAAGUCCCGACUUCUCCCCCUCCCCAGCGGCCCAGCCGGAGAUGCGUGGAAGAUGUCGGUGUCGGGGCUGAAGGCCGAACUGAAGUUUUUGGAGUCCAUUUUUGAUCCAAACCACGAACGAUUCAGGAUAAUUGACUGGAAGCCUGACGAGCUGAGCUGUCAGUUUAACGUAACUGGGGAAAAGUUGUUAAUUAUCCACUGUAACAUAACGGAGUCUUAUCCAUCUACGCCGCCAAUAUGGUUUGUGGACUCUGACGACCCGAGCUUGGCGCAAGUUUUGGAGAGGCUGGAGGAUGUGAGAAAAGGCAGCACCCUGCUGUUGCAGCAGUUGAAGAAACUCAUUUGCGACCUUUGUCGGCUGUACAACCUUCCCCAGCAUCCCGAUGUGGAGAUGCUUGAUCAGCCCCUACCAGCAGGCCCUGUGGGACAAGACCGAAAGCAUGGAACGGAGGAGGUUACAUCUGAAGAAGAAGAGGAGGAGGAAAUGGGAGAAGACAUUGAGGAUCUGGACCACUAUGAAAUGAAAGAGGAGGAGCCUGUGGACGGGAAGAAAUCUGAGGAUGACGGGAUCGAGAAAGAAAAUCUGGCGAUUCUGGAGAAGAUCCGAAAGAACCAGCGACAGGACCACUUAAAUGGAGCUGUGUCUGGUUCAGUCCAAGCCUCUGACCGCCUCAUGAAGGAGCUUAGAGAGAUCUACAGGUCUCAGAGUUACAAGACAGGCAUCUAUUCAGUCGAGCUUGUCAAUGAUAGCCUGUAUGAAUGGCACGUCAAACUAAGGACGGUGGAUCCAGAUAGCCCUUUACACAGCGAUUUACAAGUCCUGAAAGAAAAGGAAGGGAUGGAUUACAUUUUGUUAAACUUCUCAUAUAAAGAUAAUUUCCCCUUUGAUCCGCCGUUUGUCCGGGUAGUUUCGCCCGUGCUUUCUGGAGGUUAUGUUCUUGGAGGAGGCGCGCUGUGCAUGGAACUUCUCACCAAACAGGGUUGGAGCAGUGCCUAUUCCAUUGAGUCUGUCAUCAUGCAAAUCAAUGCCACUUUAGUCAAAGGAAAAGCCAGAGUGCAGUUUGGAGCCAAUAAAAACCAGUACAAUCUUGCCAGAGCACAGCAGUCCUACAAAUCCCUGGUUCAGAUCCAUGAAAAGAACGGCUGGUACACACCCCCCAAGGAGGAUGGCUAAUACAGACUGUUGCCUUUCCUGCACUGGGACCACAUGUCUUAGAUUUUUUUUUUUCCCCUCCCUCCUUUUCCUUGCGACCAAUAUUGUUUUUAUCCUGCAAACUAUUUUGCUCUCUACAUGACAGUUUAAACUCCAAACCAAAUUCCUCAUUCAGUGACCACCCAAAAACUAGCACAUAAACACAGACACAAUCACCCCUGCCUGAAAAUUUACAUCCAAGCUCAUGAGCUACUCGCAAGGGUGUCCUCUCUUCAGAUAUUUAUCUCUCUGUACAUCUAUUGUCUGAUGCAAUAUGAUUUAUUUUUUUUUUCGAUUUUUGAUUUUUUUUUUUUUUCCCCCCCUGUUGCGACAUUCACCCCAUCCUCCAGGAAAUCAGUGGACUAAAUAUCGCGCGAACUCACCAUUCGGUUUUGGCGUUGAGCAUGCCAAGGUUACUUGCUGGCUGUGAGUUGAAAGGUGCGGCAUGGCUUUUAUCCUCCAGCAGUGGCAGUCUGAAGCUCCAGCUGCCACACACUGCCUCUCUGGCCACUGUUUGGAUUCUGAGAAUGGCAUGCGACAUUCCCUGAAACGACGCAGUGGUAGCUGGGAAGGACAUUUAAAUGCUGGUGGUGGGAAGAACCGCCGCCUUUUCUCUCAAUGGAUGGCCUCUAUAAUAUUGUGCUCAUGUAUUAUCUUUAUAAUGCCAAGACCCCUCCUCUGGAAUAACAUGCUUCUGAGGCUAGUUUGCUUUCCCAACCUCUUGUCUUUUAAAGCUUGAAGCCCUGAGGUGGGGAGGAAGAGACUUUGUGCAGCAUGGGUGGGACAGCCCAUAAUGAAGAACAGCAUCCUGCUGAGCUCCAAACUUGGACACCACUGGCAUCAUCACAACCAGCAGCUGGACCACUCCCUGCAGGAGAGGUUUGGUUUGUGGCUAGUCUGGCAACAUAACAAACAUGAUCAGGCAAAGCAGGGGCGUGUUUGGAUUGGAUCACACUGUAAUGUAGUUGAUUUUAACUCCACGUGUAAACAUGUAAAUUUGUAUUUCUGCAAAAGGAUUUAAUUGUUUAUAAUGUAACCUUGUCUGGGUCUUUGACUGGGCAGAGACUGUAUUACUAUAUACCCUUGACUAUUAACUGCAGGGGCACUGCAACUUCUCAAGACCCAUUUAGAAUAAGAAAAAGUUGCUUCAUGGAUACUCUUGCAGAAGGAAACAAAAGUACACCAUGUUCUUAUGUAAGCUUAAUGACUACUGCAGUUUUGUUCUUUUGUUUUUUUUUUAUAUUGAUUUGUAAACUUUAUGUUAUUGGCAACAGUGACAGCACCAUUCCCCUCAUUUUCAAGCACUUCCUAACUACAAUGGCCGUAACAAUAAUGACAGGCACAGCUGUGUCUAUUCAUAUCUAAUCACUCAAACCAGAUGAACCUCAGUAAGGCUAUGCAGCGAAGACACAGUCUUGUUGAAUUUUAAAGAAAAUUAGUCUUAACAGCUUAACAGCGUAGUCACCUGCUUAGUUCUUGUAGCUGGUUCACAUCCUGACUACUUUGCCAAUUUUUCAGUCUGGGGAAGAAGAGAAAAAAAAAAAAAAAAGUGACCUUUACCUUCUGACUUUUCCUUGACCUCAUGGCUGUUUUAAAAUGCAGCCAGAGUUACAAAUUCACAGCAAUAGUCUUGACCAUAUACCUUCUAGCUUCACACCUGGGGAGACCAACUGGAGUCUGUUCCAUUUUUCCAGAAUAUUUGUUCAGGUUCGAUAAAUAUUUGUUCAGAUUUGCCACAGGAUAGACUCGGCUCUUCCCAUAUCCACCUCUUUGGUUACUAUUCAUGACCACUCUCGGCACUGCUGUACCCCCUCAGCGUGCUGAGGCUUUGAUGUAAUGUGAAUAAUAUGCAGAAAACUGUGUGGAGCAUUCCAAUUAAUGCAGUUACACGUUUGUUGUGGGUGUUCUGUUGUGUGGUUACUUGCAUUGUUUUAAGUAUAUUGUCCUGAUAAUCAGCGUAGAAAGCUUAGUUAUGCUAUUUCAUACAGUCAUUCCUCAUUUUUUGAGUUGAUUUAGAAUUUCCUCAGUGAUACUAACCUCAGUCACAACAGGUAGAAAUGGGUAUAAAAUAUUACUGCUCGUUCACGUUCGGCACGUCGGACUUUUCGUUUGGGCUUGCAGAAUAUGACGGCCUCCUUUUUUUUUUUUUUUUCUUGUUUCACCACAAGCAAAAUCUCAACUUGACUAUGGAUCAUUGGCAUGGUUGUUAGCUGUUGUGAUGCGCAUUGGUAACGUACUAAUCACUUCAUUCUGGUCACAUUGUCGAGCCCACCCCUGCAUUCUCUGGAGAAGCAAACUCAGGAAUACAUACUGCACACUCGACUUUGCAAAAGGAUUGCUUCAGAAUAUCGCCAUGAAAUGCAAGAUUGAAUGUGUCAAUCUUUUUUUUUUUUUUUUGGGCCAUUUUAAAACGAUGCCCCCCUGUUUUACCCGUAGGCGUUGCGGUGUGUUUUGCUGUCAAAUUGCACACACUUAGAUUUUUUCUGAUUGCCAUUGAGGCUGAUAAUUACUAAGCGAGCAUUGGGAAUGAUCGGAUACAUGGAGCACAGAUUCGGCUCCGACCCUCAGAUUAUCCCGUGCUUGAUGAGAAGGGUGGGGGGGCGAAGGUCCAGGACACAUCUACCCUGUCUCUUUGAUAUUGCUGUAUUUUGCAUGUCAAUAUAUCAGUGGGUAUUUUUUCCCCCAAGCUACAAAA